AUUUCUGUGUGUAGAACAAUGUUUACCUAAAACACAUUGCAUCUUCACAAUACUUUUAGAAAUAUGUAUUAUACAAAAAGAGGAUGUAUAUAUCGUAGCGUUUGUACAAUCAACUUAACAUUCCUUGUUCAGAAAGAGAGAUAUUGAGAACAUUUCAUUUUUUACAGAUGGAAGUGGAGUGUCGGUUCCUAUGCCCCCUACAUUUGAAAAAAUAAAAGAGGAGAUACUGAAGAAGAUUGAAUCUGGAGAUAUUCUAUUAGGAUCUUUGGUUGAGCCAAAAAAAUAUAAAAAAGCUGUGAUAAAGAAUGGAGUGAUUUUCAAUGAAGAAUUCACAGUAUCUGGUCGUUGUAUACCACUGAGUGACAUUCGCAGAAAGAUUUUUGAAGAACAUCAAAGUUUGGGGAUUAUGAGAAAUCCAAAAGGUGCUUUGACAAGAUACUUCAUACUAUGGUCUGAUCAUGCAUCACUUUUGAGUGCUGGCCAUUUACUAUUGACUGUCAAAGUUGUUUACGAUGACAAGUUAUUUUAUACAGAUGAGGAAAUGUAUGCAAAAACAGGAAUUUGUCAUGAUGUUCAAGAACUUGUGGAGCGUCCAUCCGUUUAUAUUAUUGGUUUUGCCCAGGAUAGCAUUGCAGAGAAGCUUUCAUAUGUCGAAACCAGACUUAAUGACAUUAGAAAAUUGUCUGACCCAUUAAUUGUCAAUGAUAAGAAAGUGGUUGAUGUGAUAAGGUUUUUUCAUGGUGACCAUCCUGAAAUACAAUACGAGAGUGGUAACUCUCAUGGUGGAAACUUUCCCUGUCUUUGUGGAUGCAAAAAAUCAAGAUUUACAGAUAUAGCCCAUGUCUACAGUAACAAAAUAGUGUCCUUGGAACAAAGAAGGAAGAAGGUAAUAUCAGGCCCAGCAGGACAACAACAAAAAGCUGUGUCUCCAUUUCAACAACUCAAUGUGGAGAAACUGGGUCUUGAAGUAAAUUACAGAAACCUUGACCGUGACUUACCAGUUCAUCAAAAGUUGCACAAAAAGGACCUUGAACAGCUACUAAAAAAUCAUUUGACAGGAAUUAUCCGUGUUCCAGCUCUUUGCUUUGGAAAUGAACAUAGUACAAUGGAGUCCUUGAAUCUUGCUAAUUAUGAAGUGAUGCCGAUUGAACCACUGCAUGAUUGUAAAGGACAUAUCAAGAAUUUGUGGGAUGUUUUGCAUGAAGUGUUGACACCUCAAGAGAAUAAAAUUUUUCAACAGUCCCUAGAUGCCACAUAUGGUUCGAAGGACAAGGUGAGAGGAUCUGACUAUCGGCUGUCAUCAAUAGUUGUUUACCAAUCAAUGCAAAGCACUUGCAGAAAGGAAAUCAAAGAGUUGUUGUACACAUUGAUGGAGCUAGUUCGGUUAUCAUAUCUUAAAUCCCAAAAAAGGUCCCCACGAAUUAUUCUACGAUUACAUAAUAUUAGUUUCCAGCAUGCCAUGUUGUGCCAAGAUCUGUUUGGGCAUAAUUUAAAGUCAAUGUCUACACAAAAGCUUUAUGGCAUUUAUUAUCAUGGCUUGACAACACAUUUAGCAGAAGUAUCGAGAAUUAUCUCACCAAGCUCCUUACACACAGAGAAUGAAGAACAGCUAUUCAGCAAAAUUAAUCAAAUAAGUUUGAGAACAUCAGCCAGAUCCUUAGAAUCCAUACGUGAUAAUAGCAUCAUCCGUAUUCAAGCUGAACAGAAAUUUAUUGCCAAAGAAUGUUCUAGAAAAUCAACUAACACAUCUAAAAUAUCGAAAUUUUCAGAGAGUGUACUUGAUGAGAAAAGAAGUUGUUUUAACAUUAACUUACCUCUACGGAAAUAUCAGGCACACUUGGAAAGAAUUGCAGAUUUUUUGCUCUAUGGUAAUGGUGUUUGGUGGCAUAGAGAAAAUGAUAUUAUCAUAUUUCAUGAUGGAAAAGAGGAUGAUGAUUUCAGAGUUGAAGGGCCUUUGAUGACAAAUUUCAAACAAGACAACCUGCAAUCAGUAGCAAAAGAUGUAGAAGCUUGUUGGAAGAAAUGCGUUGAUCGUGGUAUUGAAUUGCCAAUCACAAAGAUAAAUACUUUCGACGAAAAUGGAGAUUUAAUAGAAUGCAAGGCACUUGAAGAAACUGGCGUUACAAAUCCAAAAGCAAACAUAACAAGUAAUAUCAAACUGAUGGCUGAUGAUGAUAAUGCAGAAUAUGAUAAUGCGUAUAUAUCACAUGAUAAUAAUGAAGAGAUAGAAAUGGAGAUAGAUAUCACAUUAGAACAGCAACCUUCCUUCAUAGCAAAAAAUUUUAAGAUGCCGAAUACAGAAGAGCUUAAAUCAAAUAAAAUUUACAUGGAGAAAUAUAAAUUAAAUUACCACGCCAAAAAAAUUCUUGAACAAUGGACAAAUAUUUAGUUUUUCAGCAAAAGGAUCAAUAUGCGCUUUUAAAUUUUAAGAAGCAUAUUUUUCAACAAAUUAGCCAGAGCUAGCUAAAAUAAAAACAUUUGAUAUAUAUAUAUAUACAAAACUUUUUUUCUGAUACGUUUCGUAUGGGAAAUGUAUUUUUAUAUUAUUGUGGAUCAUCAUUUUGCACAAACGAAAAAACAAGAACAACACGAGAAGGAAAUUAAUACCUUUAAAAAGAUAUCAAAGUAUUUGUUGUUGCUUUGACGGGCUUAAUACGCAAUAAUCUUGUAUUGUGCAAAACUUAGAAGAAAUAGCUAGCUAGCUAACAGUCUUAAAAAGGUCCAUUUUUACAAUCCAUUAUGUGGGUUAUAUAUCUGCACCCUAAAUCAAGAGAAUACUAGCUAAACUGCUUUUCUAAUUAAGCUACUCUUUCGUACAGAGGUAGGAUUUGCACCCACAACUAUUUAGCUAAGUAAUCUGCAGUGAUCUAAGAACUACAUAAACAGUUUAAUUUCUUGACUAACUGUUUUUAUAUUGUAUAUAUCUAUCUAUGUAUAUAUCUAUGUAUAUAACAGCCAGAAAGGCUAUGUAUAGCUCUGACAGUUACAAAGUUUAGGUAAACACUUCCAGAAAUAUAUAGCUAGCUUUUGCUAUAGCUACUAUAUAUAUAAUUUUGACAGGUAGCUAUAGGCAAAUAGAAUAUAGAAAAUUUCAAAUAUAUAGAAUAAAUAAUAUUACAAACCUUGUUUUUACUGCGUGAUCACAAAUACCUUAACAGCCAAAUGUAUGGUACAACCAACCAUUUCUGUCAACACAAAAACACAAAAAUGGCGGCACCUUCUUGUCUUCUUCACAAACUUGAAACGACAAAAA